AUGGCCGGACAAGAGUGCGGCAACCCAGCCGGUGUCAUCCAGAUUCUCAGCAUUACUUCGGGCGUGGUCAACCUCCUCAACGAUCUGUAUCUGCUCAUCCUCCCGCUUCCCGCCAUUCUCAAGCUCAAGAUGGCUCCCAGGCAGAAAGUCGGCGUCAUGUUCAUCUUCCUCGCGGGUGCUGGGGCCUGCGUUAUGAGCAUCCUCGGGCUGAUCUAUCGCAGACGAGGAUAUAGCCGCGAUGCCUCCAGCAUGUGGUCGCGCGAUACAACCUACAUACAAGUCCCGCUGCUCGUUGUCACUACUGUGGAAUAUAGCGUUGGCGUCAUAAUCCCGUGCAUGGCACCCUUCGCGAAGCUCUGCAAGCACUUCCUCGUCACGGUCAAAUCUUACGUCAGCACUCGAUCCUUCCAUCGAACAUCGUCGCUCGACGGCGACUAUCGGCUCGACGGUAUGGGGGACCAAAGCUCGUUCAAGGGCAACCCAGAAUCGCAUAUCAACACUAUCGACAGAAUGCUCGCACGCAUGUUCCCGGGAGAGGAUGAGACACAGUUGUCGAAGACGAAAGAUUCGCGCGAGGGCUGA